AGGGCCGGGCCUGGAUCCGUGUGGCGCUGAUGGAGAAGCGAAUGUCCGAGUACAUCUCCACAGCCCUGCGGGACACUCGGACCACCAGACGGUUUUAUGACGAUGGGGCCAUCAUGCUGCGGGAGGAAUCCGCGGUGCUCACGGGGAUGCUCAUCGGGCUCAGCGCCAUCGACUUCAGCUUCUGCCUGAAGGGAGAGGUGAUGGACGGCAAAACGCCCGUGGUCAUUGACUACACGCCCUACCUGAAGUUCACGCAGAGCUAUGACUACCUGAGCGAGGAGGAGGAGCGGGGCAGUGUGGAGAGCAGCACAAGCGAGGACAGCUCACCUGAACACCCCUACCUGCCCCUGGUCACCGACGAGGACAGCUGGUACAACAAAUGGCGCAAGAUGGAGCAGAAAUUCCGCAUUGUUUAUGCCCAAAAGGGGUACCUGGAGGAGCUGGUGAGGCUGCGGGAGUCACAGCUGAAGGACCUGGAGGCAGAGAACAAGCGGCUGAAGCUCCGGCUGGAGGAGGUGAUGGUGCAGAACCAGCUGGAGAAGAGGGAGCUGGAGGGCGUCAUCCUGGAGCUGCAGGAGCAGCUGUCCCCGGCACUGGUGGCUGCGCCAGGUGCUGAGCACCCGCCUUUGCUGCAGGACGGGGCUGAUUCCCUGCGAGAACCCACAGCUGGCCCAGCUCUCCAAGGAGAUGGUGACACCCCUGGUCAACCAGUGGCCCUCCCUGGGGACCCUCAACGGCAACGAGAGCGGCUCGGACAGCAAACUGUACAGAAGGCACAGCUUCGUGAGCACCGACCAGCUCUCGGCCGAGAACAGCCUCAGCUCCGACUCCCAGCGCCUGGGAGAGGGCAAGCGCGAGGGGGAGCCCUGGGGGCCCUUGGGGAAGGACCCCACGCCCUCCAUGCUGGGGCUCUGCGGCUCCCUGGCCUCCCUGCCCAGCUGCAAGUCCCUGGCCAGCCUCAAGUCCAACGAGUGCCUGGUGAGCGACAGCACGGAAGCCAGCCCGACCCGCAGCCCCAGCUGAGACCCCCGGCCCCCGCACAGGACUGAGCUCGGCCCCCUCGCCCCCCCGGGACCACCGGGGGACUCGCCGAUCCCACCGGGGAGGCUGGGGACCGGCAGCCCCCUCCCCAUCUUGAGACCCCACACCCCGGCUGCGCCUCGGCCCCCCGGCCCGGCCCCCGGCUGGAGACACGGACCUGGUGGGAUGGGGGAUGCAGGAGUGGGAGCCAGGCGAGCUGGGAUGGGGGGAGCGAACUGUGCCGCGGCUGGGGGGACGCUGGGGAGCAAGGGGGGGUCGCGGCCAGGCCCCCACUGGGGUGAGGGUCCGGCGUGGCCCCACGGUCCGUCCUGCUCUGCCCCCGGUGCCCACCUGGGCUGCGCCUGCCUGGCCUCCCCCAGCUCCCCUGCACUGCGGGGGCUGCCUGUCCCCCCUUGCAGCAGCAUCCCCACAACAGGGGGAGGACUUCUUCCCCCUUCCUUCCCAUCCUCCCCUGGGGUUUGGGUUGUUUUGGGUGAUUUUGGUUUUUAUUUCAGCCCCAUCUGCCUUGUUGGAGCAAAAGGAAUCAAUAAAAGCAGCAAGCGGA